AAAAACAGAGGGACGGUCCGCCCGUAAAAAGAGGCAGGGCGGGGGAAUUGGACUCUCUCAUUCGUUUCAAUUCAUUUCCAGAACCACAAUUCCACUCCCCCUUCUCUCUCUUUCCCCAGCAUCAUUCAUUCACUAGUCAUCCGUCCUUUUUCCCAUAGCGCUCUCUCUGGAUUCUUUCUUCUUUUUAUCUCUGAGCAACUUCAUUUGCAGUAGUAAUAACAAUCUACAGGGACAGCCACCCCCAUUGUGAUUGCAUUUUGCCUCUAUAUACUACACAAAUUUAAGGAAGCGGAGCUUUGGUUGGUUGUGGCCGCAUUGUUUUUCGUCAUCUACAACCAACAAACUCUCAGAAUCGUAUUCCCGUCUCGGUUUUGCCUCUUAACGAAAAUCCCUGAUUGUCCCCACCUCGUCCUCUUUCUUUCAAACGCUGUUACUAGCCUCAUCCUUCACUUUCUUCAUUGCCGCUGCUGCCCUCCUCCUCCUCCUCGACCACCAUUAAGGAGCCAAGUAUAUCAUUCCUUUCUUUUUUUCUUUUCAAAUAGGAGGCAUAAUAGCAGAGUAGUACUAUCUUUUUUCCUAUGGGAAGGACGAGGGAUACAGGCCUUAGCACAAAAGGUAGGCGUAGGAGGGUGUCGAGGAUUGGAAGCUAUGCUAUAGCCUCCUCAAUUGCCGAUCCUACCUGCAUUUCUUGUACCACCUUCAACAUCCUUGCCCCUAUCUACAAGCGUCUCAACCAUGAGGACCAGAGUAUCAGGGAAAGCGAGAAGAAGGCUUAUUGGUUGAACAGGAACCACAGGAUAUUGGAUUGGUUGUUGUACGAAAGAUCUUCCAUUAUCUGCCUCCAGGAAUUUUGGGUUGGAAACGAAGAGCUUGUUAAUAUUUACAACAAGAGGCUUGGAGCUGCUGGCUAUACUAUUUUUAAACUCGCGCGAACCAACAAUCGUGGCGAUGGUUUGUUGACUGCUGUCCAUCGGGACAUAUUUAGGGUCAUGAACCACCGAGAGUUGCUAUUUAAUGAUUUCGGAGACCGAGUUGCUCAGCUGUUGCAUGUUGAACUUAUUGCACCUUUCUCACAAAGUCGAAAUAGCAAUGUUCGUCAAGAAAUUCUCAUUGUGAACACCCAUUUGUUGUUUCCACACAAUUCAAGUCUGUGUUUGGAAAGACUGCGGCAGGUGUACAAAAUAUUGCAGUAUGUGGAAUCUUAUCAAAAGGAAAACAAGCUCAACCCCCUUCCCAUUAUCCUCUGCGGAGAUUGGAACGGAAGCAAGCGAGGUCAUGUUUACAAGUUUCUGCGAUCUCAGGGAUUUGUAUCAUCAUAUGAUACUGCUCAUCAGUACGCUGAUGCUGAUGCACAUAAGUGGAUAAGCCACCGUAAUCAUCGUGGAAAUAUCUGUGGUGUAGAUUUCAUAUGGCUACUGAAUCCGAACAGAUAUCGAAAAUUACUGAAAACAAGUUGGAGUGAAGCUGUCUUUGGAAUGUUCAAGUAUCAACUUCGACGAGCUUCAUUGACAGAGCACGAUGCAUUUGCCUUUUUGAAGGCUGAUAGUGACGGUGAUUACAUUACUUGCACUGGUUUCUGUGAAGCAUUGCGGCAGCUUAAAUUGGUUGGCCAUUGCUAUGGGCUAAGCAUAGAGGAGACUAAAGACUUGUGGGUGCAAGCAGACAUUGAUGGAAAUGGUGUUCUUGAUUUUGAAGAAUUUGAGCAACGAAUAUGGCACCCUACAUGGUCAGAGGUUAGAGAGGAAUUUAGCAAGGACGGGUGGGAAGAUGUUGUCCAUGGUACAGAGCAAACAAUUGGUUUCAGCGUGAAGAAUGCAGUACUUUUCCCAACAGAAGUAGAGAAAGGGAUGUGGCCUGAGGACUAUUCACUCUCUGAUCAUGCCCGGCUUACUGUGGUGUUUUCACCAGUAAGAAUGCCAUGUUCUCGUCUGAUAUCCUGACAAUUGGGUGCUGUAAGGCUUGGUUCUUAUGCUUGUGACUCAAGAAAACAGGACCGAAGGUUUUACGAGUCUGUUUAAUGCUGAAACGACCCUCGGAUGGGUUCAAGUUGAAGAUGCGGAGUUUGAAAAGCACAUAUCUAUCAGGAUGACUAUUGCACCCACCCUCACAGACAAAAAAAGUGGACUUUCAUUUAUCUGAGGUUUAGACCUGUUUGGAGCAGCAUUGUCAGCUGAAGCUGGUUGCAUUCUCUCUCUCUGUCUCUCUCUCUCUUGUUGCAUCCGGAUCUCCCACUGAUGCGGUGGAUCCAUGGAUCUCACUGCAUAGCCUCCUGCUUUUGCAUUGCGUCUAGAAGAAAGGAGAAGGAAGCGGGAUGUGUGGAUGGUGUUAAAACAGGUAUCUUGGUAGCAGUCUCCUGUUGUAGUGGAGGGAGAUGGCACGCUGGGCUGGUUUCUGUAAUUAGACUGCCAAAAGUUCAGGUUAGUAAGGGCGACAUGAAAGUCCUUUUAAAGGAAUUCAAGAUUAGCAAUGUUGUUGACCUUGUAAAGGAAUUCUGGUUAUACUACUGCCUUCCCUUUUGUACC